AGGUUGGCCAUUUGAUACGACAUCAUCCUGUCUGUCUCGUUUUGUUUGCUUCGCUUCGCCAUCCACGCACCAGUGCGUGUUGUUCUCUCCGUGUCUUCAGGCGCCAUGAAAAGGAGACAUGUCUAGAGUCAAUCCCUUAUGGUUCUUUGGUCGUAUUUUAUCACACACCAAGCCCGAUAGCUCUGGAAGCAGAUUUCUUCCCCAGCUCUGCGCGACAUCGCGAGCGUUCACCACAGGCGACCAGUCAACAGCGCCACGAAGAUGUAUCGACACAGGAUUUAGGGCGCAGCCGGUUCGGCAUCCGCAGAAACAUAAUGGAUUCAUCGCCUUUCGUUCAUCGCUUUCCACUCUGCAACGCCAGGUACACCCGGUCGACAAACUCGACACGCCAUGGAACGGCCGGAUACGCUGGCGAUGGCGCCAGCACCGAGCCUACAGCAAAGGCCACGAUGGCCAAGGGCCGCACCACGUCAAAGAUGACACCCAUCAUGGCGUAUCACAAACUCGCAAGCCCGAUCCGAAACCAGAUCCAGGCGCGCCUACGAACAAGCCCGACGCCGAACCCGAGGCCGAAUCGCUUACCGCGUCCAUGUCGAAAUAUCUGCCUCACCUACCACAUCGACCUACGAAAGCCGAGCUACUAGCCGCAGCGACGAAUUUCCGGCAGCGCAUGAAAGUCCGUUUCAAGUGGAUGUCGAUCAGGUCAAUGCGACCGUGGAAUGCUGAUGAAUGGGGAGCAUUCGUAUCAUGGAUUAUGCUUGGCCAUUUGGUCUGGGUGCUGGUCGGGACGACGACCUUUUUCUCGUUGCUCAUCCUCUCCAUCAACACUGUCUUUGCGCAAGAAACUCUUGCGCGAUGGGUCGGCGACUAUCUUACGCAGUCUGCAGGACUGACAGUAAUCUUUGAGUCUGCCAUUGUUCCCAAGUGGAGGAGUGGCGUCAUCUCCUUCCGCAAUGUGUUCGUUUCGCGUCGGCCAGGACAGCAAAAGUCCACCGUCAGCAAGGGCUCGACCGAUGCGGCUGCUGUGGCUGCUGCCAAGGGCGCCCAGCAAGGGGGCACUGCGGAUGAGGAGGACGAUGGCAACUACACACAAUUCGACGUGACCAUUGCCAACGUUAACGUCACCCUUUCAUUCUUGAACUGGUGGAAUGGAAAAGGUCUUUUGAAGGACGUGGAAGUGAAGGGGGUACGAGGCGUCAUCGACCGUACAUCAGUUCGCUGGUCGUCAGAACAGGUCGACCCGUUGUCAUAUCGACAUGAGCACCAGCCUGGUGACUUCGAAAUGGAGUCUUUCAAGCUUGAAGACUUACUGCUAACAAUUCAUCAACCACACGGGUUCCGGCCCUUCUCAGUCAGCAUCUACUCGUGCGAACUCCCCCAACUGCGGAAGCAGUGGCUCUUUUACGACUUUCUAUCAGCAAAGCACAUGUCAGGAUCCUACGACGGCUCCUUGUUCACGAUCCACCCCAAACAAGUCCAUGGGACAUCAGCUGGAGAGAAUCAAGGCAAAGCCCUUGGAUUUGGUGAGGCAGAUGCCUGGGAAAAGUUCAGCAGACUCAGGAUCGACGGGCUGAAAAUAGAUCACCUCAACCGUGGGGUCGAGGGUCCGUUUGGCUGGAUCUACGAAGGCGACGUCGACAUCAUCGCCGACAUUGCGUUCCCCGCGAACAAUGACGAGAGCAUCACAAAGGUCGUCUCGGACUUUUACGACCAACUAGAAGAGGUGGUCGUGGCGAAUCGGCAUCGCUUCAUCCGCAACAUCAACGACAGCGCGCCCGACAUGCUCCGGUCAGGACAUUUGUCUGAGGCAUUCGAAGCAGAAGCAGCGGCGGCAGAAGAAGCCGUUGCUGACAAGGGGGCGGCAGAGGACGCCUCGGACGAAGACCGGCGGUAUCUGCUGAUGGAUCUACGCAUCCACCUCAACGACGUGAAAGCUGCCGUGCCGCUGUUCACCAAGGACUUGACCUAUGUCAACCAGGCCCUAGUCCGGCCCAUUGUCGCCUACAUCAACGCCAAGAAGACGUACAUUCCCAUAUCCUGCCGCCUCGUCAAGAGAGCCAGUGACUUUGACGGCAGCUGGAGCGUCUACGACUGUGGCCUUAUGAACGACAUGUCUGCCGAGACGUAUGAUGCCUUUGCAAUGGACAUUGAGAAUCAACAGAGUCGGGUGAGGCGCUUCAAAAAGGUCGGCUUCUGGACCUUGUCACUUGCUAUCCAUGCUUUGUUCAUGGGCAUGGCGGGCCAGGUUGCAUGAGCACCCAUGGUUCGGUUGUUAUUGUGUUGCGUGUGUAUAUAUAUACCUGUCUGUCUGUCGGUUGUCACUUAUACGAAGGGAGCAGCGCAUGGUUCUGGGACUUAGGGGGAAGGGUUUGGAAUAAUAGGCGCUUGGGAGUUCCGAGCCGAACUGGGACUUGUCGAUACCCUACUUUGAAGACUUGUCACGAAAUACACGUG